UGGAUAAUUUCGUUUGAAAUUAAAUUAGGGAAGAGUGUGUAUGUUUGUUUAUUGCUGAGAAACUUAAAGAUUGCAAGAGUGUUGGAAGAGGAGAUGCGAAUGUCGUGUGUAGUGACGCGAAAGUUGUAAAACGGUGAACGGAUUCGAGGUCCAGGAUGAUGGAAGUGCAGCAACAACACUCGCCUGUCGGGGUGGGUCCAUUAGACUUUUCGAGACGAGGAGUUGCCGAGGCAUCAGCAUUUCGAGUUGUCAAGCCUAAACAACCAGCUUCGUCGCUUGUACAUCAACAACCGUUGCCGCCGGAAACCAACAACAAUGAAAAUCUUCAAGAAAAUCCGCAGAUUCCCAUUGAUGAAGGAGGAUGCAAUGUUCGUUUAAUGUUUCCGAGAUUGUGGGCACCUUUUGGGAAUGCGACGGAAGUUACGAAUCUGCCACCUUUACCAAAGAGUCACUCAGAACGAUUAUCUUUCGGAGUUGGUCGUCUGGUGGGCUCGCCGGCGACAAGGAGUCCUUCCCCGUCUCAAUCUCCUUGCCCGGAUUCCCCUCCGCCCGAUAGUCGGGACAUCGAGGUGAAUGUCGAUGUCGGUGAAGAAGAAGUCGAUGUGGACGUUGAGGAGGUCGGUGACGAGGACGAUCAUGAAGGUACCUCGAGUCCGCCACGAUCGUCGUCAACACCAUCGCCAUCGCCAGUUAGCGUCGCGACGUCGCCCAUAUCGCAUCCGCCGAAGAAAUCCGGCGACAGUUUCAGCGUAUCGGCACUCCUGAGGCCGGAUCCUCCUUCCGCACACUUGCAGAAUGCGUCCCCGCAUCGAGAAUCCGCUUCUAUGGGCGCUCAUCCACCACCACCCGGCUCGUCGAUCCUAUAUCCACCGUUGCACCUUCAGAGCGGUCUCUUGCCACCUCAUCCACAUCACCCUCUCUCGUACCUGCAUCCCCAAUUGCUACCGCAUCAUCUUCUGCCACCGCACCUGCACCCGUUGUUGCGCGGCGUACAUCCAGCUCACCCGGGACUGCAUUCGACUCACACGGCACACGGGUUGCACCAUCCUCAUCCGCUCGGCGAUGUCUACAGCUGCGUCAAGUGCGACAAGAUGUUCAGCACGCCGCAUGGGCUCGAGGUUCAUGCGAGGCGGUCACACAAUGGUAAGCGACCAUUCGCCUGCGAGUUGUGCAACAAAACCUUCGGCCACGAAAUUAGUCUUACGCAACACAGGGCUGUGCACUCCGCAGAGAAAGUGUUCGAAUGCAAGCAAUGCGGUAAAGCCUUCAAGAGAUCCAGCACACUCAGCACUCAUCUUCUAAUCCACUCGGACACGAGACCGUACCCUUGUCAAUUUUGUGGCAAACGAUUCCACCAAAAGAGCGAUAUGAAGAAGCACACGUAUAUUCACACCGGCGAAAAACCUCAUAAAUGUCAAGUAUGCGGUAAAGCGUUCUCGCAGAGCAGCAACCUGAUUACGCAUUCGAGAAAACACACUGGUUACAAGCCAUUCGCUUGCGAGCUCUGUGGUCGAGCUUUUCAGCGUAAGGUCGAUCUGAGAAGGCAUCGCGAGACUCAGCAUGCAGACUUAAAUGCGUCUCAUCGACCGCCGAUUGGUUCGAUUCCCGGACAAAAUUCCCUGCCCAGUGGAAAUCCACCGAUGAUGCAGUGAGAUCGCGACGCGGUUGAUAAU